ACAGCCCGUGUUCAGGGCUCAGUUAGCCUGUUAGCCUGCUAGCCUGUGUGAGCAUCAGAAACAUGGCGGAGAGCGAACUGAACGUUGACAGCAUCAUCUCUCGAUUGCUGGAAGUGCGAGGAUGUCGUCCAGGGAAGGUGGUACAGAUGACGGAGGCUGAGGUGCGAGGACUCUGCAUCAAGUCCAGAGAAAUUUUCCUCAGUCAGCCAAUCCUGCUGGAACUAGAGGCGCCACUCAAGAUUUGUGGUGAUAUCCAUGGACAGUACACAGAUUUGCUGAGGCUGUUCGAGUAUGGAGGCUUCCCUCCAGAGGCCAACUAUCUGUUCCUGGGGGACUAUGUGGACCGGGGGAAGCAGUCGCUGGAAACCAUCUGCCUGCUGCUCGCCUACAAGAUCAAAUACCCAGAAAACUUCUUCUUGCUCAGGGGGAACCACGAGUGUGCCUCCAUCAAUCGCAUUUACGGCUUCUAUGAUGAGUGCAAGCGCAGGUUCAACAUAAAGCUCUGGAAGACCUUCACAGACUGUUUUAAUUGUCUGCCCAUUGCUGCAAUUAUUGAUGAGAAGAUUUUCUGCUGCCAUGGAGGGCUGUCACCUGAUCUACAGUCCAUGGAACAGAUUCGACGCAUUAUGAGACCCACUGAUGUCCCAGACACAGGCCUCCUGUGCGACCUGCUGUGGUCAGACCCCGACAAAGACGUGCAGGGCUGGGGGGAGAACGAUCGCGGAGUUUCCUUCACUUUUGGGGCCGAUGUUGUCAGCAAGUUUCUCAACCGUCACGACCUGGACCUCAUCUGCCGAGCGCAUCAGGUUGUUGAAGACGGCUAUGAGUUCUUUGCCAAGCGACAGCUGGUCACCCUGUUCUCUGCCCCAAACUACUGCGGAGAGUUUGACAAUGCGGGCGGCAUGAUGAGUGUGGACGAGUCUCUCAUGUGCUCCUUUCAGAUCCUGAAGCCGUCAGAAAAAAAAGCCAAGUACCAGUACGGAGGGGUGAAUGUAGGACGCCCAGUGACCCCUCCACGCACAGCUCAGGCCCCUAAAAAGAGGUGAGCAGCUGGUCCUGACUCUCCUCCUCCUCCUACCCCCCUCUCCCCCCCACCCCCGGCGGGUCACUGGCCCACGUCCCUGCAGGCUGCCUCAAACACUCCAGCCCUCUCUCGGUCAGCUUGUUCAUGUGUUUUCAGAAACUUCAGGAGUGUUUUUUGCUUGUUCUGUGGGUAUUUUUAAUGAACAUGUGAGUGGUAUCUUUUCUCCAUAUUUUUCAUGCCAUGGUAUGUAUUAACUCGGCCCUCACUUCUAAUAUCGGUCCAUUUAGCAAUAUGAGAACCAAACCUCUUGUGGAGUGGACAAGAUGUAUAUACAAUGCUUCUCUGCUGUCAGAGUAACAAUUUCCAUAGUGGUUUUGUGAAUGCAUGCUCGCUUGUUAAUUGAGACGGGUUCUUGGACCUAGCCGUUGUAAAAUCCAUACUUACCCUCAGACAAGAGUUGUUUCUUGUCUCUCCUUGAUUAAUGUUCAUGUAAUCAACCUUAUUAGUGCCAUUGCCCCCCUCCCCCUCCUCCCCUUGUAUAUUUGCUAAAGUAGUGCUCUGCAAAAGGGAAUACUUUGACAUUUCCUGUUUGCUUUCAUGCAAAAAGUUUGAUGAGAAGAUCGAGACAACGCUCGUCUGUCAAAUAUGAACCUACCACUUGGAGCAGGCUAAUUUAGCUUAGCAUUGAUAAAGACUCGAAACGGGGGCAGAAAGCUAGCCUCCUUUUACAAAGGUCGCUGCGUUUGACUGUUUCUGUAAGUACCCAUCGUUCUCUUAGGUUUACUGUAAGUUAUAACACGUUCAUCAGAUGGUGUUCGAGGUUCUAGAAGGUUUUUAUUUUUUUUGUUACCCUUAGAUGAAGCCAGUCUUAUCAGUAUUUCUUGAUGCUAGUAAAAGUGGGCUAGCUUCUUGCUGUAGCUUCCUAUUUAACAGACAUGUAUAUCAAUCUUCUCAUGUAACUCUUGAAACUUUGUGAAAUAUGCUUAAGUUUCUUUUUACCAUAUUUUUCCAUCAACAACCAACUAGAGGACAUAGCUUUUACAUUCCCCGUGACUCAAGAAUGUUUUUCUCUCCUUGGAGGUAUACAUAUCCUGAGGUUUUAACAAAACAAGUGCAAUAACUUGCUCAAAAAAAAAACGUUUCAUAUGCAGAAGGGAAUAAAUGCCUAUUCCAGCUAAAAACAGAGGACACAGCCGACCUAAUGCUGUACCUUUUUAAUGGGGCGUUCACGUUGAGUAGAUGCUCUACAUCAGAUCAGUGUUUUCAGCCUCUUCAUGAAAAGCUCUCAAACUGGUUUUCACCCCUCACAUCACUUCGAGAGCAUAAUUUCAUUGAGCAAUUAAUCAGUGUAAAAAGUUUCAUUUUUCAGUUUUGAUGUAAAUUGUGUGUAAAGCAGAAAAAAAAAAGAGUGGCGCCAAACACCAGGAAGCAUUUUGAGUUUGUGUGUUAAAGUCACAGCAGGUGUGAAGAAAAGGAAGGACGUAUCAGUGUGAGGAAGGAAGAUACUAACUCACUAACUAACGGUACAGGAAUCACCUUUCAUAAGUUGUUUGUCUUCACAUUGAACAUGAAUGCACUUCAGGUCAUCGCCCGACGUUAUAUAGAAGUCAAACUCAUCCAGUUAAGAUGAUGGCAUUUUGUGUGUUGUUGGCAUAAUGCUAGUUAUAAUACAUUGUUCCCACUAAACGAACAGUUAACCGAUGUAUUUUUAUUUAUUGAAAUCUUGCCUUUUGCCUUGUUCAUCUUAUUCGGUCUUCAAGUUGGAAACGGUAUGUUACGAUGUUUCGAGAUUUGUACGAGUGUUUCAAACGAGUGAAAUAAAUGGAAGUGCUGUUGA